AAGUUAACCCUGGAACAGACUGAAAGAACUAAUAUCAACACAGUCAUAUUUAACACUCAUAUAAAAUCACCUUAUAUUUAAACAUCAGGUAUUUCCUUGAAUUCCUUUUCAGUGAGUAAACAUAUUAUCAGUCAUUUUUGCGGUGACACGUGACACCAGAAGGCUCAUACCAACAUAAACCUGUCCCACCUGUUAUGCACUCUCUAUCUCUCCUUCUCAGGGUAUAACGUGUCUUGACUAGCUGAGAAUUGUUUUUUUCCAACAAUGCUAAUGUUUGACUAGGAAAAAGGAGGUCCGAUACAGCUUUCAGUGUCUCUGGAUUGUGUAAUACUACUAAAUCAAGCAGUGUAAUUCACAGAGAUCUCAUGACACUUUGAGAACUGAACAGAAUCUUUAUUGUCAGACUUGGUGCUCUAAACACGGCUUUCAAGGAGCUAUGGAGGUGCUUGUGCUUUUGGAUUUUGAGGCGACGAUGUCAGAUGAGUUGACAGUGCAUGUGGGGGAUGUGGUGAAGAACGUCUCAAAGGGAAAAGAGGAAGGAUGGCUGGAGGGAGAGCUGAGAGGAAAGAAGGGGAUGUUCCCUAGCAACUUCGUCAAGGAAGUGCCUGUUUACUUAAUAGGGGACACCAACAGAGAGCCAAGGAGCAUGAGGAAAUCGAAGAAACCAAAGGUACAGACGAGGAAAUGUGAGGUAGCUUUUCCCUACACCCCCUCGCAUGAGGACGAGCUGGAGCUGGUUGUCGGAGAGACCAUCGAGAUUCUCAGAGAGAUUGAAGAUGGGUGGUGGAUGGGAAAGAAAAAUAACCAAAUAGGAGCCUUUCCAUCAAAUUUUGUCAAGGAAAUUUUUGUCCCUUCAAAAGAUGGCAAGACAACUGAAGCCAAAGCCAGGCCUAAACUUUCUGAAGCGGUUUUCAAUAAAGAGGCAAAAGUACAACAGAGACCAAGUUUACGGAGAAAAACAUCAAGUGUGAAAGAAUGUUGCCAGGUCAUGUUCGACUACACAGCUGUUGCUGACGACGAGUUGAACCUGAAGAAGGGAGAAGUCAUAGCAAUCAUAAACAAGAGCACUGAGGACGAUGGCUGGUGGGAGGGGGAACUGAACGGGCGCAGGGGCUUUUUUCCCGAUAACUUCGUCAUGGUGAUCCCAGCGGAUGCUCUCAAUACUGGUAAUGCAGGCCAGGCACCGGUGAGACGUGUCUCUCAGAAAAACGCAGUGAACCAGAUGCCAGUGAUGGACCAGAACAGCUCUGACACAAAGACGGAGACUAAAAAUGACAAACCAGACACUAAAGACUUUCGAAGUGACCCACCUGGUAAAAUUAAGUUGCCUGGUCUACACAAACCACCUGUUCCACCACCACCAGUGAAGGAGAAGCCCAUAAAACUUGUACCAAAGAAUGAUGAACCACAACCUGUCUCGCCUAAACAACAGCCCCCAUCUUCACCAGUACAGAAAGAGGUUAAAGACAAUAAGGAGGUUAAAGAGAAAACCCCUGACCAGUUUGACGGUGUAGAUGUGUCCUCAGAGAAACUGAGCCAUCCCACAGCCAACAGAGCCAAACCUCCACAGAGAAGACCACCAACAGCCCUCACCUCACAAGGUCCAGAUGAAACUGACAACAGUGAAACUUCAGACGAGAAAGAUGGAUUACCACAAAAUAUUCCAGAGGCUACAGAACCUCAGUCAUCAGCUUCCACCAAGACAGAACAGGUAGCUAAGACCACUUCACCACCCAAGACACAGACUGAAAAGAAAGCUGCGGUUCAGGAGGAGAGCGCUUCACUGGCCUCUGUGCUGACAGAACUCAAAGAUCUCCGCAUGUCUCUGGAUCUCCUUAAAGCGCAACACGAGAGAGACAUAAAGGAGCUUAAAGAUGAACUGAAAGAUGAGAUGGAAAAACGAAUGAGAUUACAGGAUGAGGUGGAUGCUCUGAGGAAAAAAUAGUGAACAUUGAAGACCAGGAGUAUUUCACUACCCCCCAGUGGUCCUUCUCUGGGACAUGGACAUAUAAAGGCUACAGAAUGAUGAUGUUGAGGCAAUGGAAAUCCAGCACAUGUGACUGAUUGAUUGAUUGAUUAAUUAAUUUUUGGUUGAGUGGACCAGAAGCCAGAGCUCAGUUCAGAGAGCAGAACUACAAAAAGACUUGGUUUCUCAUCCUCUGCUUAUCAGCUCAUUUGGUUGUGGGAGUCCUCGCCACUCAUUGUUUUUAGACAUAUGUGCAUUUUGAAAUUUGUAAAUAUCAAAUAUCCAAUAUCUUAUAUUUUCAUGGAAAUUCAGGGAUAAUAUAGGUUGUUUUAAGGUAUUAAUACACUUUCUGUUGUUGUUAUUAUUAUUAUUAUAUAUUUCUGUUUUGUGGAUAUAUUCUGUAACAAAUAAGUCAAUGGUUUUAUUGAUGUUGUACAAAUGUUUUUCUCCCAGCCUGAUUUACCCAGAGAUGUUAACGAUAAACAUAAUUUGGCAUCCUUUUUUUUUUUUUGUUUGUUUUAAUGCAUAAAUGUUUUGUCUGUGUUAAGAAAAAAAGGCUAAUACUACGAAUCCUGGAUUAAAGAGCUGCUGGGUUCAUGAAUAUUAAUCACGUUGUCUGCGUUCUCCUGAACUGAUUUGAUAAAAUCAAAACAGGGACGAUAUUAGGUAAGCGCCAGCCAAUGAGAUUGCCGUUCGCGCAUUAGUUCCACCCACAAUUGGAGAAAUCGCCUGUUUAUAAUGCUUGUUCUUAAAAGCUGAAUAAAGCCUAAUGGACCUUUCUCACA